GAAGGAGUCGGUUGGUUUCUCAUCACAAUUGGUUUUUUGUCUCUCGUUUCAUAAAUAUAUCCAAUUUUUCAAUCAUAAAGUAAAGUUUUAUUAUUUUGUUCGCUAAUCAGAUUUACUUGUCGUCUUGAUUACCCACCACAUAAUAACCAUAAUGGCUGAAGUGAGCAAUGAAGAAAGCCUCUAUCCAAUAGCCGUAUUGAUUGAUGAACUACGAAAUGAAGAUGUUCAGGUACGUCUUAAUUCGAUUCGAAAAUUAUCCACCAUUGCAUUAGCAUUGGGUGUGGAACGUACCCGUACGGAAUUGAUUCCAUUUUUGGCUGAUACAAUCUAUGAUGAAGAUGAAGUUCUUGUUGCAUUGGCCGAACAAUUUGGUCAAUUUACCAAAUUGGUUGGUGGGCCCGAAUUUGCUCAUGUUCUUUUGGCACCGCUUGAAGGUCUUGCCAUGGUGGAAGAGACGUUUGUCCGUGAAAAAGCUAUCGAAUCACUUAGAAUUGUAGCCAAUGAUCAUUCCUCGCAUGAUCUUGAAGAAUAUUUUGUUCCAUUGGUAAAACGUUUGGCAGAUGGUGAUUGGUUCACUUCUCGUUGUAGUGCAUGUGGCUUAUUCAGCGUCGUUUAUCCACGUGUUUCUAAUCAGGUUAAAGCCGAUCUUCGAGGAUAUUUUCGUAUACUUUGUGAUGAUGAUACGCCAAUGGUACGCCGUAAUGCUGCCAACAAAUUGGGUGAAUUUGCUGUCGUUUUGGAACCCGAAUAUGUCAAAUCAGAAAUCAUACCAUUGUGGUCAAAAUUUCUAAACGAUGAUCAAGAUUCUGUUCGUUUAUUGGCGGUUGAAGAUUCGAUUGCCAUUGCUGGUCUAUUGACUCAUGAAGAUAUCGAGAUGCAUAUGAUACAAUUUUUGAAACAAGCUUCCGAAGAUAAAUCAUGGCGUGUUCGUUAUAUGGUUGCCGAUAGAUUCACUGACAUACAAAAUGUUGUUGGACCUGAAAUUACAAAAAGUGAAUUAGUUCAAGCAUUUCAAAAUUUAUUGAAAGAUCCAGAAGCUGAAGUUCGUGCUGCCGCUGCACAAAAAGUCAAAGAUUUUUGCCAGAAUUUGCCUGCGGAUUCUAGAGAACAAAUUAUCAUGACACAGAUAUUACCAUGUAUUAAAGAAUUGGUUAUCGAUCCUAAUCAACAUGUUAAAACAGCAUUGGCCGGUGUCAUCAUGGGUCUAUCACCGAUAGUUGGUGAACAAAAUACCAUCGAACAAUUGUUGCCGAUUUUUCUAUCCAUGUUGAAAGAUGAAUGUCCCGAAGUUCGUUUGAAUGUUAUUUCUAAAUUGGAUUGUGUUAAUGAAGUUAUCGGUGUACAACAAUUGAGUCAAUCAUUAUUACCGGCUAUUGUUGAAUUGGCUGAAGAUAGUAAAUGGCGUGUUCGAUUAGCCAUCAUUCAAUAUAUGCCCCUAUUAGCUGGACAACUUGGUGUGGAAUUUUUCGAGGAAAAACUCAAUUCCCUUUGUAUGGGCUGGCUUGUGGAUCAAGUUUUUGCUAUUCGUGAGGCUGCAACAUUAAAUCUUAAAAAAUUGGUGGAAAAAUUCGGAGCCGAAUGGGCACAAAAAACGGUCAUACCAAAAAUAUUAUCAAUGGCAACCGAUCCAAAUUAUCUUCAUCGUAUGACUUUUCUUUUCAGUAUCAAUGUUUUGGCUUCAGUCUGUGGACCUGAUAUUAUAAUUAAAUCAAUGUUACCAACGGUUUUACGUUUGAGUACUGAUUCCGUGCCGAAUGUUCGAUUCAAUGUGGCCAAAACAUUGAAAUUAUUGGGAGCCGAAUUAGAUAGAAAUGUGACUCAAAGUCAAAUUAAACCUUGUUUGGAAAAAUUAAUCAACGAUAGCGAUAAUGAUGUUCGAUAUUAUGCUGAUGAAGGACUUCGUUCAAUAUAAAUUAUUAUAUGGAUCUUUAUUGGACAAAAAUUUUGAAAUUUGCAUCAUUUAAAAAAAAUUAUAAUAUUUUCAU